GUUUCUCCUCUUCAUUUCACAAGUUUAUACAUACUCUUUAAAGAAGAAGAAAGGGAAAGAACAAAAAAGAAAAAAAGAAAGAGAAACCAAAGAAAAGAUGGCAUCAACACUCGCAACACUAACCUCAAUUUCACCAAAGCCUUAUCCAACAACCUCAUCAUCAUUUCAUUCCUCCCAGAAACAAACCCUAAGAUUCCCCCCAAUUCAUCAAAACCCUAAUUUCACCUCAUCAAGAAAAUGCACAUUCUUACCCCCAAUUUCAGCAAUAGCUGUCACUGAGAAAGUAGAAACUAUUGGUAAAGAGCUAACCAAAUUAACGUUAGAAGAAGCAAGAACAUUAGUUGAUUGGUUACAAGAAGAACUUGGUGUAUCUGCAGCUGCAUUUGCACCUGCAGCUGUUGCUGCUGCACCUGGUGCUGUUGAGGCUGCUCCUGUUGUUGAAGAGAAAACUGAGUUUGAUGUUGUUAUUGAUGAAGUACCUAGUAGUUCAAGAAUUGCUACUAUCAAAGCUGUAAGAGCUUCAACUAAUUUAGCUUUGAAGGAAGCUAAAGAGUUGAUUGAAGGUUUGCCUAAGAAAUUUAAGGAAGGUGCUUCUAAAGAUGAAGCUGAAGAAGCUAAGAAACAACUUGAAGCUGCUGGCGCUAAGGUUUCCAUUGUUUAGAAAAUGGUGGUGGUCAGUUAACUUUGAAAGAAGCCAUAGAGUUACUUGAAGGGUUGCCUAAGAAACUGAAGGAGGGGGCUUCUAAAGUAGAAGCAAAGAACCAACUCGAAACAGCUACAGUUUCAUUGUUUAAAAUGGUUAGGCGUCUCCAAAAAGUUAUUUAAUUUGUUUGUCCUUCGGAUUAGUUAGUUGAUUAAAUGUAGUCUGUUAAUCAAUUCCUUUUCUUGUCAAGACGGGACUCCUUUUUGUGUAUUUUUUCCAAUUUGUGUUUGUUAUUCGAUUUGACUUUUAAACUGAACAAUUAGGGGCACUUGCUGAGGAGAUAUAUCUCCUCUUCUAAUGAUAAACAGUUUUUCUGAAA